UGAGACUGAGAGGAUCACCGGAACCAUGCUGUCUGCUACAGCUACUGUAAUCAAAAGUGUUCCCAAAAGUAUUGGGGCUUUUGGCACAUUGACGAGUCGCCUGAAGCAUACUUUGCCUGACCUUCCCUAUGACUACAAUGCAUUGGAGCCUUACAUUUCUGCAGAGAUCAUGCAACUCCACCACUCCAAACACCAUGCUGCGUAUGUCAACAACCUGAACAUUGCUGAAGAGAAAUUAGCAGAAGCAACGGAAACAAAAAAUAUCAGUCAGGUGAUCCAAUUACAGCCAGCUCUGAAGUUCAAUGGUGGUGGCCACAUCAAUCACUCAAUCUUCUGGGAGGUCCUUAGCCCUAACGGAGGAGGGGAACCAUCUGGGGAUUUGCUUGAUGUCAUUAAACAAGACUUUGGCUCAUUUGAAGCUAUGAAAACUGAACUUAGCAAUGCUUCUGCUGCAGUCCAAGGUUCUGGCUGGGGGUGGUUAGGUUUCAACCCCGUCAGUAAAAGACUUAGAGUAGCUGCUUGUGCCAACCAAGACCCACUGCAACCAACCACAGGACUGGUCCCUCUGUUUGGCAUUGAUGUCUGGGAGCAUGCUUACUACCUACAAUAUAAAAAUGUCCGCCCAGAUUAUGUAAAGGCUAUUUGGAAUGUUGUUAACUGGGAAAGUGUGGCUAAGAAACUGCAGGAUGCCAUUAUGGCAUGUUAGGAGAUGUUGUUCAAAGAAUGCCAUUUGAUGUGUGCACCCUAUUAUAGCAGUCAAUCUGGCCAACAGGAUUUAAUCUACUCAAGAGAUAAUGUCAAGUAUAUUGUGCUUUUAUAUAGCAUGUACGUUAUGCAAAAUUGGUGUAUGUAUCUUAUGAUUUGAAUAACAAACGUAUCAACCAGGAAAGUGAUCGACAGAUUUUAUGCCUCUGAGAUGGUUAAGCAGCGCCUCAUAGGAGUGGCGACAGAGUUUAUUUUAUUACAUUAUUACAAGAGCACUAUAUUGAGAAUCCAGCUUCAAAAUGUGCUAAUGUUUAUAUACACAUAGUGGUAGUGCUGAAGAUCUGUUCACUGUCCUGAAUAAUUUAAUUCAGUUUUUUGAAACUUUCUAAUUAAUUUUGAGUAUAUUUAACAUAUUUCACUUUCAUGUGCACAAGAAUGAUUAUAAUGCCUUCCAUUUGUGUACAAAGGGAAGUAUAUUAUGUCUCCAAAUUGAAAUGAAUAAACCCAUCACAAUAAUAUAAACCAAUCAAAUGUCAGCACAUACUAGAUCAUGUUUAUAAAUACUGUCAUUACAUAUUAAUGACAGUAUUCAUGAGUUGUCACUUUAUAGCAUUUAUUAACAUUUUACUACACUGAAAAAGAAAAGAAAACAUAUUUAUUUUCCAUUCUAGGACUUAGAAUAAAUACUUUUCUUAGUUCAAAAUUCUUCAAUCAGAAGUAGUACAAAGUAUAUAGUGUGACAUCCUAUUUACAAAAUUUCUGCAUUUCUUUUAUUUGGUAUGUUAUGUCAUAAUUGAUAUUCUUGCAAUUAAUUUUGGGUGAAUUUUCAAAUUGCACACGUGUGAUUAACAGUAUUUGUUUUAUUUUGUGAUUUUCAAAUGAUUCAUGAUACAGAAAAUAAAAGUAUAUUCACAAAUGCAA